GUCCCAUUUCUCCGCCAUGGCCGCCGCCUCUGCCGCCAUCGCCGCAGCCGCUGGGGCCGGCUUCACGGCGCCGGAGGGUGACCUGGGCGUGGCGGGUGUGGCGGGUGUGGCGCCGAUGGAGGCGUCACAGCCGGGUGAAGCCUUGCGUCCAGAGCUGCUGGCAGCGCUGCGGGCGCAUUUGCUGCGGCAGAACGGGCGUGAACGUCACUCCGUGCUGCGGGCAAAGUUCGGGGUGAAGCAAGCGCAGCUGCGGCCAUACUUCCAGGUGCUUCCCGCCGGUCAGGACGCAGUGGUUGCCCUGGAUGAAAAGUCCACGGCGCUGCCGUUGCCCAAGGUGCCUGGGCCCAUCAACAGCAGCGUCAACGAAGCCAUGCAGGGCCUGGCGGCGUUGAUGGGCGAGCUGAACUGCAGCAGGGUCUCCAUAGGCCGCGCCAUGGUCUUUUGUAUGGACCGUGCAGAGCACCAUGCAGCACUGCUCUCAAGGUUCGCAACAACCAUCAGAGUUCGAUCGGUAAUGGGGCUGCGCCGGACACCGGAUCAAGUGAAGGAGACAGACCGGAUUGUCCGCCGGAAGCUGCCAAAGGGCAAACAUACCAAGGACACGCUUGCGAAGAUCAACGCGGCGCUGGCGAAGAGAAAACUGCCAAUCCUGAAGUCUCAGGAGGCUUUGGUCAACUUGCGCAAGGGGCUUCUGCGCAGGGUUGAGGCGGCGAGCCCUGCGUUUCCGCUACGGGCCUUGUUGCGACGGUUUGGCGCUGCGGCCUCGUGCAUUUGGUGCCCGCACGGAAGGCAAAGGAUGGACCCCGCCGUCUUCAUCGCUGUCGAUGACUGGCGUCUCAGCACGGCUCUUGCGGAACCCAGUUUGACGGUGACGCCCUUGGCCAGGUUCUACCUGAUCAGUGAUGUUCUCCACAACGCUGGCUGUGACAAACCAGGAGCCAGGCACUUCCGCGACUGCUUGCAGGACCUGCUGCCAGAGGCCCUGGAGGCGCUGGGCCGCUGCUACCUGCGGCGCCUGGAGCUGCCGCAGCGGAAGAAUGCCGAAGCGCGGCUGCUGGAGGUGUUGCAUUGCUGGGUUUCCUGGAACAUUUUCCCAAGCCUCUACACCAAGCUUCAAGCUUGGCACUUCGCCCCAGCCAUGGCAACCUUCAUUGCCUGUUUGGGGCAAGCUCUGUCGCCCGAUGGAUCUGUCCCGGUGACCCUGGCGAACCGCGCCGCCGUGGCGGCGGAGCUGCACCACCGCCUUGGCGCACGCAUCAUUUUGAGCGGCGCCGAUGUGAGUCGCGUGGGAAGCUCCGAGGCGCAGGUCAUGAAGUCGAUCCUGACCUCUACGCCGCACUCCGUCGAUGCCCAGGCGCUGCUCUUGGAUGAGUUGGCCUGCAACACCAUCGAAAACGUGCGAAACACCUUGGCCAUCAUCAGAAGAGAAGCGCCCAGUGUGGCUGCUGGAGGUAUCAAGAUGUAUCUGGUCACCUCCGACUUCCACUGUCCUCGUUCGGAGUUUAUCUUCAGGACUGUCUUCGAGUCCGAGGGUGCCGGUGAGGUGGAAAUUGAAAGCUGUCCAGCCUUCAGUGCCUUAAAGGACGACAUCUCAGAUGAUCCGAAGAAAGAAAUGCUGACGGAUUUCAAAUUGCACAAGAUCAUGAAAGACAUCAACGAGUGGGGUAUUUUUAUGCGCCUUUGUCACGAGAAUGCCUUGAUGGUCAACAAGAUGCAGAGUUGGCUCCGUGAAUAUGGGGUGGAGAAGCAGAACCCCAAGCAUUUCGACAGGGCCUUGAAACAGCUUGCAGAGCUGGUUGAGCAAGCACGCCGCGGCGACUACGGCAAGACGUGA